AGUGCGCGAACGAGAAAGGAGGAGGGCGCUCCAGGCGAAAGCACUGCAGACGCCAUUAUCCUCUGUUUCUCCGCUGCAGCAACCUCGACGUCUUGCCUACUUCCCGCUUAUUUGCGGCCCAGAGCUGUGACCGGCUGAGGCGGCGCGGCGGCGUAGGGACGGUAGCCUUACCAGGCUACUGCAGCACUAGGGUGUCAGUUGGUCCUGCCCAGAACACUUCAGUUCUGCCCUGCAAGGAUAUAUUUAAUAACUGAUUGGUGUGUUCCUUUAAUACAAGAAAAUGGAAACUGAACAGCCAGAGGAAACCUUUCCCAACACCGAAACCAAUGGCGAAUUUGGUAAACGCCCUGCUGAAGAUAUGGAAGAGGAACAAGCUUUUAAAAGAUCUAGAAACACUGAUGAGAUGGUUGAAUUACGCAUUCUGCUUCAAAGCAAGAAUGCUGGGGCAGUGAUUGGAAAAGGAGGCAAGAAUAUUAAGGCUCUCCGUACAGACUACAAUGCCAGUGUUUCAGUCCCAGACAGCAGUGGCCCCGAGCGCAUAUUGAGUAUCAGUGCUGAUAUUGAAACAAUUGGAGAAAUUCUGAAGAAAAUCAUCCCUACCUUGGAAGAGGGCCUGCAGUUGCCAUCACCCACUGCAACCAGCCAGCUCCCGCUCGAAUCUGAUGCUGUGGAAUGCUUAAAUUACCAACACUAUAAAGGAAGCGACUUUGACUGCGAGUUGAGACUGUUGAUUCAUCAGAGUCUGGCAGGAGGAAUUAUUGGGGUCAAAGGUGCUAAAAUCAAAGAACUUCGAGAGAACACUCAGACAACAAUCAAGCUUUUCCAGGAAUGUUGUCCUCAAUCCACUGACAGAGUCGUUCUUAUUGGAGGAAAACCUGAUAGGGUUGUAGAGUGCAUAAAGAUCAUCCUGGAUCUUAUAUCAGAGUCUCCCAUCAAAGGACGUGCUCAGCCUUAUGAUCCCAAUUUUUAUGAUGAAACCUAUGAUUACGGUGGUUUUACAAUGAUGUUUGAUGACCGCCGUGGACGUCCCGUGGGAUUUCCUAUGCGGGGAAGAGGUGGUUUUGAUAGAAUGCCUCCUGGUCGGGGUGGGCGUCCCAUGCCUCCAUCCAGAAGAGAUUACGAUGAUAUGAGCCCUCGUCGAGGACCUCCUCCACCUCCUCCUGGACGAGGUGGCCGGGGUGGUAGCAGAGCUCGGAAUCUUCCUCUUCCACCACCACCACCACCUAGAGGGGGAGAUCUAAUGGCCUAUGACAGAAGAGGAAGACCUGGAGACCGUUAUGAUGGCAUGGUUGGUUUCAGUGCUGAUGAAACCUGGGACUCCGCAAUAGAUACAUGGAGCCCAUCAGAGUGGCAGAUGGCUUAUGAACCACAGGGUGGCUCUGGAUAUGAUUAUUCCUAUGCAGGGGGUCGUGGCUCAUAUGGUGAUCUUGGUGGACCUAUUAUUACUACACAAGUAACUAUUCCCAAAGAUUUGGCUGGAUCUAUUAUUGGCAAAGGUGGUCAGCGGAUUAAACAAAUCCGUCAUGAGUCAGGAGCUUCGAUCAAAAUAGAUGAGCCUUUAGAAGGGUCCGAAGAUCGGAUCAUUACCAUUACAGGAACACAGGACCAGAUACAGAAUGCACAGUAUUUGCUGCAGAACAGUGUGAAGCAGUAUGCAGAUGUUGAAGGAUUCUAAUGCAAGAUAUUUUUUCUUUUUUAUAGUGUGAAGCAGUAUUCUGGAAAGUUUUUCUAAGACUAGUGAAGAACUGAAGGAGUCCUGCAUCUUUUUUUUUUUAUCUGCUUCUGUUUAAAAAGCCAACAUUCCUCUGCUUCAUAGGUGUUCUGCAUUUGAGGUGUAGUGAAAUCUUUGCUGUUCACCAGAUGUAAUGUUUUAGUUCCUUACAAACAGGGGUGGGGGUGGGGGAGGGUGUGCAAAAAACUAACAUUGAAAUUUUGAAACAGCAGCAGAGUGAGUGAAUUUUAAUUUUUGUUCAUUGUUGGUGGUUUAAAAAAAAUCCCCCCAUGUAAUUAUUGUGAACACUUUGCUUUGUGGUCACUGUAACAUUUGGGGGGGUGGGACAGGGAGGAAAAGUAACAGUAGUCCAUAUGUCCCUGCCAUCUAUUCAGAGCAGUGUGCAGAAUGUAAUGCUCUUUUGUAAGAAACGUUUUAUGAUUUUUAAAAUAAAUUUAGUGAACCUAUUUUUUGGUGGUCAUUUUUUUUUUUUAAGACGGUCAUUUUUCAAAUGGCUGAAUUCCCCCUAACCUGCCCCCAACCUAAACACUAAGUUUAAUUUUCGGUCCUCUGUUGGAUAUAAAUAA